AUGAAUUUGUCAUCUGUCAAUGGCACUUUUACUGCAGCUGGGAGACAGCGGGACACCUUCACUGCAGCUGUUACCAAGAAUGUGAUUGUCACAGCCCUCUGCAUCUCCAUUAACUACGUCAAUGGUACUCUGGUCCACACCUUCAGAAAGCACCAGAUUUUAAGUUUGAGCCCUCGUUACAUUCUGUUCAUCCACCUGGUGAUAAAUGACAUGACACAGCUGGCCCUGACCACUCUUCUCCACGUCAUCAGCUACACCCUGUAUACUAUCAGCGUACCUUUCUGCCUCAUCCUGCUGAUCAUCACCAUCCUCACCACCCUCAACACCCCACUAAACCUGGCUGGAAUGGCAGUCGAGUGCUACAUCGCCAUCUGCAUCCCCCUCCGUCACGGCCUGAUCUGCACUGUCAAAAAAACCUACAUCCUGAUUGGUUUGAUCUGGGUUGUCAGUGCACUCUCUAUCCUACCAGACCUCUUCAUCCUCCUGGCCACAGAGCCUCUGCACUUCUUUCACUCCAGAGUGUUAUGUACCAGAUAUACUGUGUUCAGAAGCAUCUACAGCCUGAAGAAGAGGGAAGCGUCACACAUUGUUUGUCUUGUUUUGGUUUGGCUCAUACUCUUUUACACUUACUUUAGGAUUCUGUUUGCAGCCAAGGGAGCAACUGCAGACUUUAAAAAAGCCAGAAACACUAUUCUCCUCCAUGGUUUUCAGUUGCUGUUGUGCAUGCUUACUUAUGUGAGACCCAUGUUUGAACAAGGUCUACUCUACUUAUUGCCCAAACAACACUUGUCCGUACGCUUUGCCUGUUACGUCAUUGUCCAGAUCCUGCCUCGGUUCGUUAGCCCCAUCGUUUACGGACUGCGAGACCAGACCUUCAGGAGAUAUGUGAGAAGGUACCUGCUUUGUAAAGUGAGCACAAGCAGCCACCCAGAAAAUGUCACCAAGCCGAACAUGACGUCUUCUAUGAGACAGCAGUGA